CUGUUGGAAUCAUCUUGCUCCCUGAAAGCCGCUGGGAGGCUCGGGUGGGGGGGGACCGAGCCUCCACAGCCAUCCCCGCUGCGCACCCUGCAGACCCCCCAAAAGGUCAGGACUGUAGCCCUCUGCAAUACCCCAGGGGUGGGAGUCUCCGCAGCUCUGCAUGAGCCCCCCUCCUCAAGGGUCAGACCCCACAGGUCAGACCCUGCAAGCCUGCAAGCCUGUCUACUGAGCACCCCUGCACCCUGUCCACUGCUGAGUGUCCUGAGAGCUGCUGCUGAGGGACCCCGCACGUUGUCCGUGGCUGCGUGACCCUGGAAGCUGUCUGCUGCCAAGUGCCCUGAGAGCUGCUGCUGAGAGAGCCCGCACACUGUCCGCGGCUGCGUGUCCCUGGAAGCCAUCCGCUGCUGAGUGCCUGGGGAGCUGCUGCUGUCUGCUGAUCGCUGAUCGUCCCUGGAACGCU